UUCUUCCGUCUUCGUAGUUACUAGUUUGUACUUGUUUGGGGUGUUAGAAUAAUUAUUGAUAGUGGUUGUUGUGUAGGUCUUAUAAUUUUAUGGACCAUAUUAACAAUUUUUGAUAGUCACAAUGGACCUUGCAAAAUCUUUAUUUGCGUCUCGUGAUCAUGAUGGAUAUGUGGGUCGCGAAGAACACGAACGCAAAAUAAGUGCAGCUUUGGCUGAUGAUGACCCCGAAGAUGUUAUAGAUGCCAUUCGUGGUAUGAAUGUCGCUGACGAAUUAUUACCCGCGCCUGGAGGGCCUUUUUCUGCAUUAACACCAAGUAUGGUACCUCAAGAUGUAAUGGCUAAACUUGCGCAACCAGAGUCAGAAGGCCAUGGUGGUCUACCAGAUUAUAGAUUUGACGAAUUUGGAUUUUGCGUAGAUGAGGAAGAUGGACCUGAACAAAGUUCUAACAAAUUACUUGCAACACCUUUUGUUGAAGAUGACCAACAUCGCUUACAAUGGGAAUUUUUUAGUAAAGAAAUUAACUUUUCAGAAAACGAGAAUAAAAUUGUAAAAUCCGAAAAACUACAAAAUAUGGUAAAAGAUGGAGUUCCACAUUCACUCCGCCCUCAAGUAUGGAUGCAUCUCUGUGGUGCAAAUAAGAAGAGGGCCACAACUGAAAUAACAUAUCAUGAAAUUGUACGUGCUUCAAGUGAUGAUGGCUUAGUGACCAGUAAACAGAUUGAGAAAGAUUUAGUACAGAUCCUUCCAAACAAUGUAUGCUUUUCACACCCUACUAGCACAGGAGUGCCUAGAUUACGUAGAAUACUUAGGGCCUUAGCUUGGUUAUACCCAGAUAUUGGCUAUUGUCAAGGCACAGGAAUGAUAGCAGCAUCUCUAUUGCUUCUCAUGGAAGAGGAAGAAGCCUUCUGGAUUAUGUGUACUACAGUUGAAGAUCUAUUGCCAGCAUCCUAUUAUUCCUCAACAUUGAUUGGCAUUCAGGCAGACCAAAAAGUUCUGCGAAGUCUUAUAUCAUCUUAUCUUCCUGGUAUAGACCAAGUUUUAAAUGCUCAUGAUAUUGAGCUUUCUCUCAUAACAAUGCACUGGUUUUUGACUUUGUAUGCAAAUGUUGUGCAUAUGAAAAUACUGCUAAGAGUAUGGGAUCUCUUCUUUUUAGAUGGAUCCAUUGUUCUUUUUAAAGUCACAUUGGCUAUGCUUAAAAUAAAAGAAAAUAGAUUCACUGAAAUAUCAAAUUCUGCACAAAUUUUUAAUGCAUUGUCAGACAUUCCAGGAGAAAUAGAUGAUGUAGAAUUAUUAAUUACAACAAUUGAUGAAGUUUGUGGAGAAACAUUGAGUCCAGCCUUGAUAGAAACUCAUAGACGGAGACAUCUAGCCUAUCUGAUGGCUGAUCAAGGAGCAUUAGUUGGAGAUCCCAGUGCUGUUCCAAAUCUUCCUAAACAGCAUUUGCAAAGAAGACAAAUAAAAAGAAGUAAAUCAGUUAUACAAACAAUUCUCUUUGGUGAUGAUACAAACAAUGAGGAUGCAGUUUCUAAGAAUGUUAAACAAACUGAGAUCCUUGUUGACCUAAGAGAAGCUAUACUGCAAGUAGCUCGGCAUUUUCUUGCUUUGGAACCUCAGCUAGCAUCAGAAGUGCAGCUUACCGCAGAUUAUACAAUGCAUAGUCAUGCAGCUGAUAGAGAAAGAUAUGUAAAUGUAUCUAGGAGCAAGAGAAGAAGAGCUAAGGCAUUAUUGGACUUUGAAAGAAGAGAUGGUGAUGAGCUGGGUUUCAGAAAAAAUGAUGUUAUAGAAGUAAUAAGUUCCCGUGAUGAACACUGUUGGAUUGGCGAACUCAACGGGCUAAGGGGUUGGUUUCCUGCAAGAUUUGUAAAAUUAUUGGAUGAAAAAGGUGUGAAGUACAGUAGAGCUGGAGAUGAUUCAGUAACAGAGAAGGCAGCUCAUUUAGUAAGAGGUGUACUUGCUCCAGCUUUUAAAAGAGUGUUACUGCAUGGUAUAAAAAAGCCAAGUUUUUUAGAUGGACCUUGUCACCCAUGGCUGUUUAUAGAAGAGGCUUCUUCUAGAGAAGUUGAAAAGGAUUUCAAUUCCGUUUACAGUAGAUUGGUUUUAUGUAAAACAUACAGAUUAGAUGAAGAUGGUAAAGUUUUGACACCCGAAGAGCUACUUUACAGAUGUGUCCAAGCAAUUAAUUUAUCUCAUGACAAUGCUCAUGCUCAAAUGGAUGUCAAAUUGCGAACUCUGAUAUGUAUGGGAUUAAAUGAGGAGGCAUUGCACCUUUGGCUUGAAGUAUUAUGUUCAUGUGUAGAUGUUGUUCAGAAAUGGUAUCACCCAUGGUCUUUUAUAAACUCUCCCGGAUGGGUGCAGAUUAAAUGUGAACUAAGAAUAUUAUCACAAUUUGGCUUCAAUUUAAAUCCAGAAUGGGAAUUGCCAUUAAAGAAAGAUACACAAAAUCAACCUUUGAAAGAAGGUGUGAGAGAUAUGCUUGUCAAGCAUCAUUUGUUCUCUUGGGAUCUUUAACAUGCCUUCCAUUGACCUCUUGUACAUUUGCAUAUCUUUGAUCUCAGUAUAAUAUAUUAGAGCUGCUUCUUGUAUAUUUUAUUAUUUGUUGACAGAUUUUAAUAUGUAUAUAAAUUUUUAUUAUUUAUUAUUUCAAUUAAAUUUUAAAAAAUGUGUGUACCUGUUCUAUUUGAUUAAAUUAUUAUAAAUAUGUACUUAUA